AUGCUGAUUCCACCUCAGAUCUCUGUCGACAACCAUCCCCAAAGCACCAGCACCCUCUACGGUAUUGUCACGUACCAGGCAGCAGAUUGCCUGCCCAGUCUCAGCAGUGACACCUACGGACCCUACACCAGUCCACAGAGAAGUACCAGCACCCUCUACGGUAUUGUCACGUACCAGGCAGCAGAUUGCCUGCCCAGUCUCAGCAGUGACACCUACGGACCCUACACCAGUCCACAGAGAGUGCUCAUGAUGCUGGAUAAAAUCGGAAUGGAGUUUGUUGGUGGGAAAGGAGAGUCUCAUGCUAAUAUUGCGGAAGGCCUGGCCACCGCGCUGCUGUGCUUUGAGGAUCUCCAGCCCAAGCAUGCCAACGCAGUGCCUCAGAAACACUGCAUCCUGGUCUGUAACUCCCCACCGUACAUGAUGCCGGUCAGGGAGACACCCGCCUUUGAUGGGCACAAUGUGGAGCAGCUGGCUUCAGUACUUAGCGAGAGGAACAUCCAUCUGUCCAUUUUGUCCCCUCGUAAGAUUCCAGCACUGUUCAAGUUUUUGUUACGUAAUGCAAUUUCCGUUAACAAUUUCUUGUUUGUGUGUUGCAGUCUGAAGGAGAGACCUGUCAGCCCUGGUCCAGGCCCCACUGCCCCUCACCCCUCCACCUUGCCCAUCCCCUCCAUGUCCUCACCUCUGCCCUCCACUAACAGCCCUCUGUCAGCACCGGCCCAGCAGCCUCAGCCCAUCUUCAAGCCCACACAAGCCACACCUCAGGUUCUGAUGGGGACACAGCAGCAGGCCCCGACACAGGCCCAGGCACAGACCCCCGCCCAGACCCCCACAGCUCCACAGACGGUCCAACAGCCUCGUGGAGCUGCUCCGUUCACUCCUGGCUAUCACCCCAACAUGAUGCAGCAGAACCGCCCCCGCUGGCCCAUGAUGCCCCCACAGAACCGAGCUCCGUACCCCAAUACGAGCUCACAAGGCAGUGUUGGAGCUCCUACACUCAUAGCCCAGCUCACACAACCUCCCACCGCCAUGGUUAACCCUCAAUUCUCCAAUACCAUAGUCUCCAGCCAUCUGAUUAUUCUCGUGCAGAAGGGUUGGUUGGUGAUGACCAACCAGACGCAGCCGGCUCCACAGUCGCAACCCUCGCAGCAGCCGCCCCAGGCAAGCCGAGAACGUCACACUAUCUGGCAGGGCGUGUUGGAGUGGAUCGAGAAGUCCAAAACACCCAACGAUGCCCAGAAGAACACAAGACAUGUGCCCUGUCAAGUCUCUGCCCACAGCAAGGACGGAGAGCCAGAACUGAAAGCUGACUCUUGGCCUCAGAAGCUGAUUAUGCAGCUGAUGCCCAAACAGCUGAUAGGAAACAUUGGCGGAGCGUACCUCAAAAACUCCAAAUCAGUUCUGUUCCACCCCCAGCCCUGCGAGGCUCUCGAGUCCCUCACGAAAGUCAUGAGUUCCGGUUUUGUAAGUAUCAUAUAGUCAUAUAUAUACAAG